UCAGUCAGUCAGUCGAUUGGGAGCUUUUGUGCGGGAAACAGUGCAAACGGAACGGAAUCGCUUUUGUCGCGCGUCGUCUACGUUGUCGACAGUUCGAUUUUUGAUUUUUUUUUUCUGCAGUGCAGUGCGUACGACCAAUUUUGUGUGACAACGAUCAGCGUGGAUCAGCGGUCGGUGAUUUAAUCCGGAAUACAGCGGGAACGGGAAUCGCUGGUUGCACCUCCGGAAAGGUCAAUUUAUAUGGGAGAAGCCGGCAGUGACGAGUUCGGCCAGUUUGAGCAAAAGGGUUUACGAAGCACGAGCAAAUCUUGACGGCGGCGGCAGCAGCGGCCACGAGGGAGCACCCGAAAGAGAAGAAGAAAGCCGAAGAAGGCGGAAGAACAGCAGCAGCUACUACUAGCAGCGGCCAUCAGCAUGCCUCUGUUGUUGCGGUGGGGUACUUCCAAAAAUUUGACCCGCUUUUUGCUGAUCCUGCUGAGUGGGGUGCUGACGCUGCUCACGACGGCCAAGGCGAAACCCACGCUCAGCUUUGAGCUGUCGAAGAUUCCGGGCUUUACGCAGAUCGUGGAGCGACGGCUGCAGGAUGCGAUGAAAAGCUACAGUGAACGACGUCUCGAUGUGGCGUCUUUGCGGAUGGUCUACUUCCACGAUCAGACGGUGGCCGUCGUCGAGCUCGGGCCGGAGAAGAAACUUAUCGGGUGCGAGCUGAUUGAAAUCUACAAAGACUCCGAAGGCCACGAGCUGCUGCGGAAUCUUUCCUCCAUCAACCGCCCGUUGGAGAUCUCGUUCCGGGACAUGAUCAAACUGAUGGACCAGUGCGAACAGGUAGAUCGAAUCUACGCCAAGCACAGCCAUCGAGCCAAAACCUCGCCUGCGCAGUCCAAAACGCUGGAUAACGUCGGCUACCGGUUGAACGACGGCGCCGAUGACGAUGACGGAGGAGACACGGUGGAAAGCACCACCGCUUCGGUGAGCAUUUUCCAGCUGUUCACCAACGGAGGCAGUUCGGGUUCGGGAUCGGGCCAGGGCAUCAGCAAGCGGGGAAUUUUCAACACCAGCCCGUUCUCGCUGUUCAGCGGGAUAAUCCCUGGGACGAAGUGGUGCGGAACGGGCGACAUUGCCGACACCUAUCACGAUCUGGGCGAGGACGCCACCAUGGACCGGUGCUGCCGGACGCACGAUCUCUGCCCGAUGAAGGUCCGGGCGUACCAGAAGCGGUACAACCUGAGCAACAAUUCGAUCUAUACGAAGUCCCACUGCAAGUGCGACGACAUGCUGUUCGAGUGUCUCAAGAAGACCAAUACUUCGGCGGCGCAGGUGAUGGGUUCCAUCUACUUCAACCUGGUUCAGGUGCCCUGCGUUGAGGAAACCCCCAAAGGAAUGUCAUUCCGGAAGGCGCGCGAAGGCUUCUAAUGUGCAGCGCAUCGAAGCAACCCGAAACUCAAGUGCCUACUAGAUGGACAAGGUUGGCGGCAGCCCUGUCCGCGUCGAAAGCCGAAAUCAAAACACUAAACUGUACUUAAAUUGUCGACCAAAACAAGCCGAGCAACCGCCGCGCCGUUGUGAUUAAUGUGAUCGUUUAGCAAUUCUCUAAUUUCUUAUACUCUUAAUACCUAGUUGUUGUAUGUAGUAGGGCAAAUAACACGAAUCUUCUCGUACACACAUAUACGUAAAAAUAGUGAAGGAAAACGGAGGACCCACCAUCGGACGCAUAGGAAAUUGUACUUCCGCUCCAGAAAGGCGCCAUGUCCAACCUUUAAUCGGAAAUGUGGUUCAGCUGAACAAGCUCAACCAACCAACACGCACGUGUUUCUUGGGUCGUGUGAAUCGAAUGAGAUGGAUUUUACACUUCUACUUAGCUAUACCUACUAGUACACCCCCACGCUACACCUCGCAUGCGUUUAAUCGAUCGGCUACUUUCCCUCGCGUAGACCACGUGGUCACGUUGGAAAUCCACAAUCAAACGAAAAAAGCUUCGCAGAAGUACUAUAAACUGUAUUGUAACAUUGUCAUUUUUAUUGUAGGGAAGGGAUCGAACGAUUUGACAUAUGGCUAACAGUUUGACAGUUGAUCUACAAAACUUAACUAGCCGAAUGUCGGAUCGUUUAACUCUGUCAGAAAUCGAACAGGCAGCAGCCAUUGUCGCUUAAAAAUUGAUGUCAAAUCAAAAAUCGUUACAAGCUGUACUUUAUGGUUGUUUUAUCAAAAAGAAAUGGAAAUGGACCCAUCAGAGGAGAGAGAAAAAGUUCUCACCCAUAAAGGCGAAAGUGUAUAUGUAAGAUGUCGGGCACUCAACAAAAGAGCGAACUCAAAAGCAUAGUAUUAGUCGUUGAUUUUUCGUGUCAGACGAAACGAAAAAGUACAUAACGCCAGCCAGCAGUUUGAUGAAUGGUGCCUGCAAUAUAAUAACGAGGGACGAUACGUAAAACAAACUGCUCAUGGUUGUAAAACGUCUAGUUGUUAAGUUUAAGUAUUUAUUAAAUAUUACACGUUGUGAUCGUU